UUUAACCAAUCGUCUUGGGUCGACAACUGUGUUUUAUUAGAUGGCAAAACUUGGGAUUUUCGGCGUUGUGAAUAUUAUUUAUAACGACUACUGGUAAUACUAAAGAUAUUUUCACAAGUUACUUCUGAGGACACUUUCAUUUAUCCAGCAGUUAUCAUUACGACAAGCGAAUAAGCUUUUCGCCGCUGUUGUUGCUAGUGCGCACUAGCUAGUAGCACAUCAUUAGCUAGCCUGCCAACUAGCCAUCUACUUUUCAAAACGGUUCUUUGUUUUUGUGUUUCGUGGCGCGUUGCAUUUGCAUCAGUGAUGAUAAAAAACACGAUACAAUCUGCAGGACUUCUGGUUUUGUUGUGGUUGUUAUUUGGGGACUUUGUUCUGGGUUGGUUUCACAACAGAGUCAAAACCAAAACCUACAACAACCAAUAUUCUUCCAAAGAAGAUGCUCCUGACAGUCAAGACCAGAGCUGUUUUUGUCACUUGACAGGCGUCUUGGACGACUGCUUCUGUGACAUCGAGAGCAUCGAUGUCUUCAACAACUUCAAGAUCUACCCCCGCAUUCAGAAGCUGACCGAGAGAGACUACUUCAGGUACUACAGGGUCAACCUGAAUAGGCCCUGUCCCUUCUGGGCUGACGAUGGCCACUGCUCCAUCAAGGACUGCCAAGUGGAGCCCUGCCCAGAGAGCAAGAUUCCAGUGGGAAUUAAGUCUGGAAACUACAAUAGGUACUCCCAGGUGUCCAACGCCAACACAGACAUAGUAGAUUGUGAACAAGCCCAAGACCUGGGGGCCAUUAACAGCACCCUGAGUAACUAUAGUAAAGAGGCCUUUGAGGACUGGGCCCGGCACGAUGAUGCACAGGACCACUUCUGUGAGCUGGAUGAUGAGACGUCACCAGAUGCAGACUAUGUGGACCUGCUCCUCAACCCGGAGCGCUACACUGGCUACAAGGGCCCCUCAGCCUGGAGAGUGUGGAACAGCAUCUACGAGGAGAACUGCUUCAAGCCCAGAUCAGUGUACCGGCCCCUUAACCCACUGGUUCCGCCCAGAGGAGGAGAUGAUGACGGCGAAGGCUUCUACAACUGGCUGGAAGGUCUGUGUUUGGAGAAGAGGGUGUUCUACCGGCUCAUCUCUGGUCUCCACAGCAGCAUCAACAUCCACCUGUGUGCAGAGUACCUAUUGGGCGAGGGCUGGGGCAAGUCCCUGUGGGGCCCCAAUGUGCAGGAGUUCCGCCAGCGCUUCGAUCCGGCCGAGACCAAAGGCGAGGGCACACGGCGCCUCAAGAACCUCUACUUUCUCUACCUGAUCGAGCUGCGCGCCCUCUCCAAGGUGGCGCCCUACUUCGAUCGAGCCUUCGUCAACCUGUACACGGGAGACCUUCAAGAGGACCGAGCCACCAAAGAGUUACUGCUGCAGUUCUUCAACGAGACCAAAGCUUUCCCAAUGCACUUUGACGAGAAGUCCAUGUUUGCUGGUCAGAAGAUUGAAGCAAAAACGUUGAAGGAGGAAUUCCGGCUACAUUUUAAAAACAUCUCCCGGAUCAUGGACUGUGUGGGCUGCAGUAAAUGUCGACUGUGGGGGAAGCUACAGACCCAAGGGCUGGGCACGGCGUUGAAGAUCCUCUUCUCUGAGAAGGAGAUCAAGAACCUUCCGGAACACAGCCCCUCUAAGGGCUUCCAGCUGACACGCCAGGAUAUAGUGGCCUUGCUCAACGGCUUUGGGAGGCUCUCCACAAGCAUCCACCAUCUCCAUCGUUUCCGCGCCUUACUGAAGGAGAAGAGGUAACAAACACCCACCCCCACCAGCACUACCACCUCCCGGCCACCAGGUGGAGCCGCCCAGAGGGAACUGCAAUAGUCUUAUUCCUCCCCAGAUUAAGACCAAGUUCAGGGACUUCAGGAUCGACACUGAACCCCCAUCCCCUCCUCCUUCCUUCUUCCUCUCAAAGUUUGUUUUGACUGUUGUGGAUGAAAGUGUUCAGCAUUUCAGGCAUACUAGUUAUGAGCUAGACCCAUCCUUGAGUGUGUGUGUGCAAGUGUGUUAUUGAAGGUGUGUGUUUGUGAGAGAGUACUUGUUUGUCUUUGAUCACCAGUUGCAGCUAAAUGAUAACGAGAACUAGGAUUCAUUCCGUACUUUUACGACCAUAAACUUGAUAAGCAUAGCUGCUUUUUGCUAUCCUAGAGGUGUAACCUUUUUUCUGUGUCAAUGUGAGUGAGUGCAUGUAUUGAAAUAACGUCUGUGUGCGACUGUCUGCUUUUGCUUUUGUGUGUCUGUGCAUUUAACUGCCCUGUUUAGGGGUGUUUUAACAUCAUCUCUAUUUGGCAAUCCAGUCUUAUUGCUCAUCACAAAUGUAUUAUAUAAAGCCUAAUUUAAAUGUGAAAAAGGAACAAUUUGCGGAGUGUGUAUCUGUUGACAACGAUAAGCUUGCAUUACUUCUCUCAUACCUAUUCUAUUUGGUGGCAGAACGGUUCAUGGUGUUUUAUUCGUAUCCUGUUAUUUUAUUGGUUUUAUGAAAGACGAGACUAACCAGGGUGAUGGCAAUCCCAAAUGUGUAAGAGGUGUUUUCAUGGCAAUGAAAAGCCACACCAGUAUUUGUUUCAUAGUUCACUUAAAUAAGCUGUCGUGCUGUGAAACUGCCAUGUUGGAGAAGAGGGAGAAGAGUACUGUUAAAGUAGAAUGGAGAAUGGAGCCAAUGGUGUGAAAAGAAGCAACUCGAAACAAGCAGAGGGGUUUGUUCCCCCAUGAUGGUCAAGUUCGCUGGGGUGUCUUGGUGAGCUUGCCAUAUAAAUCAAUUCAAAAUGGAUACAUGUAAUGGCAUUUAACGUCACACAACCUUUUUAUACCGUCAUACCCUUCAGGGCUGGGACGAUACCAGUAUCGCGAUACUCUACUCUAGUAUCAUGGCAUAGAAACAAAACACGAAGCGGAUUUAACUUAUUUAGGAAAACAGCCCUAACGUUCCACCCACUAUACAUUUUUUAUUUCUGUCUGAAGUAGGUAUUUUACGAUGUGGACCAAAGAUUUUACGUUGCCUUUUUUCUUUUCUAUCAUGUCAAAGCACAUUUUAGUUUUUCCAGCAUAUACGUUUUUAGUUUGUGCAUCAUCACCCCCUUGGGUAACAUUGGUUAGAAAAUGUUGCAAGUGAGGAUCGCCUUAUGUGCAAAGAUCACAAACUAUCGGUAGCCAGAAAAUACCUGGGUAAUACUUAGUAACACAUUUUUGUAAAAGAAAGAUAUCGAUCCAAUCAAAGGUAGACAUGGGGUCCAGUAAGUAGGACUUGAGUCAAUAGUGGUAGCUAGCUGAUACUUAUGCUAACAUAAAGAGCAAUGCUAAUGUCGCCGUGAAUGUGAACGCUAUGGAGAUUUGAACGAGCUGUUCCUUCUUUGCUUAAACUGAAGGAAAUAGACAAGAGAAAAUAUUAUCUUUGAGGAAAAGCGUGUGUGUGUGUGUCUGAGCCUCGCAUGCUUUCAAAAACACCAGAACGUCCUGUGCAAUCCACUUGUCUGCCUUAAAAGUUCCAAAAAAUUGUUUUGAAAAUAAUAAUUAAAAAAGCUUGAGUCUGCGUUCUUGGAUGAAAUCCACAAUUUUGUCUCCAAUGAUCUCCACGCUCUUCUGCUUUCUGCUAUCUCUGCCUUUGUAACAUAUUCAGAUUACCCAGAAAGUUGUACUAUUUGUAAAAGGAAAAUUACAGAACUUUUUUCAAAUCUAUAUGAAUAUGUAUAGUUGCACCUGUAUUGAUGUGUAUUCUUGUUUGAUUAUAUUUAUUUGAACAUAGGAAUAAACAUUUCUGGUUGUCAUUCAAAA